CACCACUGACUCCAAAUGGAUCUAAAAUCGGAGCUUCUCAAAUCCAUCUGGUACGCGUUUACGUCGUUGGACGUUGAAAAGUGUGGAAAAGUGUCAAAGUCACAACUUAAGGUCCUUUCCCAUAACUUGUACACUGUGCUGAACAUUCCUCAUGACCCAGUCGCCCUGGAGGAGCACUUCCAGGAUGAUGAUGAUGGGCCAGUGUCUAAUCAUGGAUAUAUGCCCUAUCUCAACAAAUACAUCCUGGAUAAGGUCAAAGAGGGAAACUUUGACAAAGAAAAGUUUGAUGACCUUUGUUGGAUGAUGACCAUGAAAAAGAAUUUAAGGGGUGUUUUUCAUGGUGGACUUCUGUCUCAGAAAGACUGCUUCAAGCUUUUCUGUUUAUUCAAUCUACUGUCAGAAGACCGUUACCCACUAGUCAUGAUCCUUGAAGAGCUGGAAUACUUGUUGAAGAAGAUUUCAACUGCAAUGAACCAAGAGUGGGAUGGGAAGUUCUUGGAAGAUUUAUUGUCUCAGGACAUAACUGUGCUGGAAGAAGGCAUAUCGGUGUGGGCCUUCUUGGAGCACAUGAGUGCAGGGCAACUGCUCAGAGUGACCAGUGCAGAGGCCUUUAGCCUGGCUUUACAUGAGGUGUUUUUGGAAAUGUACCACAAUGUCCUCAAGCGGGGGUACAUGUGGAAAAAGGGCCAUGUUCGCAGGAACUGGACUGAGCGUUGGUUUGUGCUGAAGCCAUUUUCCAUGGCAUAUUUUGUUAGUGAGGACAUGAAAGAUAAAAGAGGCGAAAUACUGCUAGAUAAAGGCUGUUUAGUUGAGAGUAUUCCAGACAAAGAGGGGAAGCGUUGCUUAUUUUGUGUUAAAACCCACAAUAAAAUCUUUGAGAUGAGUGCAUCUGACCAGAAACAGAAAGUCGAAUGGACUCAAGCCAUACAGACUGCCCUGCGCCUCCAGAGUGAGAAAAAGGCAUCUCUUCACUACGAACUGAAGCUGAAGAGGAGAAUUCAGCGGGAACAAAACCAAAGGGAGCGGAGUCGCAGCACCCGCAGCAGCUGCAGCAGCAGGAGCAGCCAAUCGGAUGACUCCAAUAUCCAAGACAUUGAAAGGAUGGAGAAGGAAAAAGACAGACAGGAUUUGGAAAUAGAGAGCAUCAUUAAACAUGCCCGUGAACUGGAAACCAGACGAAGAGAGGCAGAGGAAAAAGAGAGAAAGAAACAGAGGGAAGUGCAGAUGGAGUUGGAGAGACAGUUGAAGGAAGCAGAGAUGCUUAGAGAUAGCCUGCAGGCAGAGAUGCAAGAGAAGGAAAAGGAAGCUGCAGAGCAGAAGAAAAGGAUCCUCGAAUUGGAGUUGACACAGCGGCAACUGGAGGCAGCUCUCAACAUGGAAAUACAGGCGCGGCUAGAGGAAGAGAGAGCCAGACAAGAGCUCGAGAGGCUACUGUUGGAAGAAGAGGAGAAAAGGAAGCAGUUCAACCUUCUUCAAGAACAGCAAAGGGCUUUGAAAAGUCUUAGCCCCAUUCAGGAGAAUACAAACAAUGUGAUAGAGCAGGGCACAGUCCUUCACUCUGCUUCCAAAGAACUGCAGGAUCUACAGGAAAGUCGUCAAAGAAGCCAUCAGCACCUUGAGAAAGUACAAGAGAAGCUCAGAAAUGCAAGUCAACAUGUACGGCACUGGAACGUCCAACUUAAUCGUCUGAUGACACCUGUCACCCCUGGAGAACGCUUGGAACAUCGACUGUCCACGAAGCUUAUGUGUCCCAAAAAAGAGGGUGCUUUAGCCAGUAAUGAAUUUAUCAGCAAAUUAAAAAUUAAAGACCAAAUCAUAGAGGAGACAGAAUGUCUGGAGGAGCAAAUGGGAGCUGCAAAUCUGUCAGAUAGCCAUGUAACAUGACAAGAACAAACAAAUAAAACCAAAAAUACGAUUGGUGAUCAGGUAUCAUACUGAAGAUUUUGUUGUUUAUGUUAUUGGAACAAACAAAUAAUUGUAUACAUUAUAUUUAUAUCCAUA